AAAAUGUUGCAUGUACACGCGAGAACCAACGGAGCAUAGCCUCCCCUUAGGGCUCUCGGUUAAAGGUGUGGACCACAGCAGGCUCACUGUAAACUAUAAUCCCGACACUGCUUUAAUGGUUAAAAACAUUAUUACAUCUCGUUAGCGAUAUGGUUUUGGAAACCUUUGGGAUUUAACUUUCACAUCAGCCAUAAAUAAUAUUUCAAAUACCAAAAUAUACACUUGCAAAUCGAGCAUCACCGGGCCACAUUUUGGGGUGCCGCUGUUUCCCAAUGUUCUUGAGCUUGGGAUUUAGUUUUAAGUAAUUGUUGUAUAUGGCAGAGCACCCAGCUAAUAAAGCGAGAUAACCCACCUUGUUACCCACUCCACAAAGCUGGGAGGCAGCCUGUGGUCAAAACGAAUGCAAUCAUUUUUUACCCAGUUAAACUCCUCCUACCUGGUCAACUGGGCUAGCUAAAUCGAACUCCCUCCAUUGGAACGUUACAUUCCUUCUGGAAGCGUUUUUUUUUUUUUUUUUUCUCAUCUGCGUGUAUUUUUGCAAAACUGUGUACAUGGGUUGUACCAGAGCUGGUAGGCCAGGUCCUGGCAGCAGUGCUGAUGCUUGUCUCCCUGCACUGGUUUGUCUUCCUACUCAACCUGCCUGUGGCUGCCUGGAACAUGUACAGGGUUUUGAAGGUGCCCAUGGGAAACAUGGGGGUGUUUGACCCCACUGAGAUCCACAACCGAGGACAACUAAAGUCUCACAUGAAAGAGUCCAUGAUCAAACUCGGCUUCCACCUGCUCUGCUUCUUCAUCUACCUGUACAGCAUGAUCCUGGCACUGAUCAACGAUUGAGAUCCCCAUGGCCGUUUUAAUCCAAAUCACAAACUAUUCAGUAUGUGGCGUUCAUUAUGUCCUGGUCCUCAGUCCUCUUCACAGCUGGAGCCACAUGACAUUACACUCCCCUGGACACCUAAUCAUUCCUCAGACCCCCUCCCCAUGAUGUACUUCUGUGUUCUCAUAACUGCCCUGGAAUUGUGUGUGUGCUCGCUGUGUGUGUGUGUGUGUGUGUGUGUGUGUGUGUGUGUGUGUGUUCUUUCGUUCAGCCUGUGUCCAACAAUGCUGUCCAUGCACUGCUCCUCUGGCCAGAUGGAAAACAUGACAAUCGCACAGGCUAGAUGGUGCAUAUGGGCUAACACAUUUUCAGCCAAGAGCCAAUCACAACAGCUAGCACAUCCUCUGCCAGCCUGCCGAACAUCAUCUUUGAUAUGUCAAUGCCAUAUUUGAUUGUCAUGUUUAUUUUUUGUGUCUCGUCAACAUGCUGGAAAAUCCUUGAAUUGAAUAUCCUUUGCAGAAUACUAACCUGUGUUUUGGGGAUGAUCUAUUUCUAUUAUAUUUUCUUGCAGUCUCUUAUUAACAUCAAUAAGUUAUAGAUCUGACAUCCCCUGACUGCUGAAAGGUGCACAUUUGAUUGGUAUUAUGUUCUCAGGGGAAUACAUGCACCUGGAUUGGAAAAAUGUUUUUCAGCCAUAUUUUAUCGCUCUCUAUAACCUUGGGCUCGAUUCAAUCUGUAGCGCUGAAGAUCUGCGCUGUAGCCCGGUUUAAUUUUAAAGGUAAUUUUCGAUUGAGCUGACAUGCAGCAUUUAUCAUGAACAAAGUCUCCGC